UGUGGCCCCUUACCGCGCUGCGAGGCUGAGUGCAAAGUCUGUGUGGAGACGGUGAAACUUUUGUCAGCUGAGGCCAAAGGAGAUCAAUUUGGUAAAAGUCAAAAAUAAAAUUUCAAGAUCCCUGUUCCUCUGGUUUGUCUUCUGAAGACUCUGUUGUGAUCCGGCGGUCAUGGAGGUCUUUUACAUCAACUCCUCUGUGCUCUUGGUCUCUCACAGACCCCUCAACGUUACCCCUCAACAGACGGUCUACGAGCAUUGCAAAGACAUGCCCACCGUCAUCAUUUGGUACUUGGGCCUGCAGUUCAUCAACAUGUUCCUGGGCAUCCCGGCCAACCUCACGGUGCUGUGGCUCAUCCACAAGAACAAGGGCGAUUCGUCCACCUCAGAUAUCUUCAUCCUUCACCUGGCGGUUUUGGACAUGCUCUUCUGUCUCAUCCCUCCUCUGGAGCUGGCCAACAUCGUCUUCCUCACCACCAGCAGCACCUGGUACGUCCUGCGCUUCUUCUACGGCAUCAAAGACUCCUCGCCGCUGUUCCUAUCCUGCAUCUGCCUGGACCGGUACGUGGCCGUGGUCCACCCCAUCACCUUCACCGAGCUCAAGGACCGCCAGCACAGAGCAGUCCUGGCCAUGGCGGUCUGGCUGAUCACUCUGGCCUACGCCGCCGCUAAAUGCGUGGGCAACAUUGCCCACUUUGAGAAGGUCUUCACGGCGAUGAUCCUGACGGCGUUCGCCUUCAUGGUCUUCUGCAACAUCACUAUUCUCUGGGUGCUGCGGCAGUCCGGGCCCGGCCGAGACGAGAAGCACCCCGUGAAGAAGAGGGCCUUCAAGAUGGUCCUCAUCAUCCUGGCCAUCAUCGUGUUCAACUACUUCCCGCCCGUGGCACUGUUCCCGUUCCAGGACUACUUCUCUGCCGACGUGUUCAGUUGCUAUAUUCACUAUCUCGCCUUUGGCCUGAUGGACUUCAGCAGCACCAUUCAGCCCAUGCUCUACCUCUCCAAGGAGAAGAUGCCGCGGAGCCUCGACUGUUGUCGCACAAGCACGACUCAUGUCCAAUAGGGACAAGUUGCAAAAGUUGUUGAUUGUAAUAUGAAUAUGCUGAUACGGUGAAAUACAAGAGAAUAGAUUAUGUUCUUGCUUUAUCAGAUAUAGAGAAAAUUGAUUGACUCAACUAGGAAACUAUUGGAUUAAUUCUGUUUUUUAGAUAAAUGUCAUACUUUGCAAAAUAUUCAACUAUGAAAUUGAAUCACUUCAGAAAGAAACUUUUGAGCUUUAAAAUGGUUAACAUUUGCGUUCAGCUUUUUGAUAGCUUGUAAAGUUGCAGUUUACGUUUUAUGCUUUUUUCUGACAGAUCAGAUUUAUUGUGGUCGUCUAUGGGGGCAGGUUAGAAUUGCAGCUACUUCAGCUGUUCAGCUAUUUAUAACACAAUUUAUACAUCAUAUUCUAGACAAAUCCAUCCCGUUUGUCUGACACCCUAAGCGAUAGGAAUGCGUGCAAUUUUACAUCCCUUUUCACUUUUUCUACACGUAUGAUACAUGUACAGUACGUCUUCAGCAUAGUCUCGCAUUGUUUGGAAUUUCAGUCAAGGUGUCUUGUUCAGCGUGGACCUCAGUGGCUGAUUUGUUAUCACUCGUUCACAUAACGGAGACCGAUUUCUUUCCAUUAAAACCAUUUAAACCUUCAUCUGUCUAAUAUUAAAGAAAAUACCUGUAAAUAAAUUUCACUUUUCAAAGGGAUUUUAUUUCAAUGUCCAGCUUUCCGCUACUUCACCAUCAUGUUUUUUGUAUGCAGCUUCUUCAGAUAAUGCACUUCAGAUGCUUUACGGAUGGUAUCUGAAGUUUUUUUCGACAAUUUUUCUGUUAUCUUGAACUUGCAAAUUGACUCAUUUAAACUUCACAAAGUUCACUUACCACAUAAUUUUUGGUCUCCAAAUUAUAAGCAUAUUUUUUUUCUUUGACACAAUGUCGACUUUGAACAACAAGUCUCUGAGCAACAGGAACAGCCUCCUUCCCACUGACUCCAAUUAUAUCUGAGACCAGAUAAUCAGGAGGAAAACACAGAAUAUAGAUAGAUAGCCUUUUCAAAACUCACUGCAUAUAUUUCCCAAAUUUCUGACAGGACAAUCAUACUUUACAUCACUUUGUUCAACAGGCGAGAACCUAAACCUCUGUGUCCACACGUGUUUGUUUGUGUGCGCGUGUGAAAUUACAGCCUCAAUUUUCAUUUGCCUCAGUGAAUAGAGACACUGAAUUAUGCA